CUGGCAGGUACACACCUACAAUUCAAAUGGGUUAACAAUAUCUACAGAUCAACCCAGCCUGUGUGGUGAGAAGCAUGCCAAAGUAAGUGAAGUUGGGUGUUGUCAAAUGGAAAGGAAAAAAUACAGCAGAACGUGUGUGGGCGGGUUUAGUUCACACACUGGGCCUACAACAGGUCCAUUAGUUUCCUACAAGAGACAGUAGAGGGGAACUGCGAUUGUUUACCUCACCUGCACGAAAGGAAUGCAACCCGCUAAGACUUCAGUGUCAACUCCAUCCAGAGUCGAGGAAUUUUGACGUGCACUCUUUUAAAGAUUUCAGCGCGUUCCCAUUACCUAUCCUCAAAUAUAUUUAUGUCACCUUAAUUACAACUCAAACACAGCAAGAUGGGUGAAUGCUGUAUGUCGGCUGAAGACUCAGAGAGACACAGGAUUCACAAGGAGAUUGAGAGGCAGCUUCGCAAGGACAAGAUGGAAUCUCACCGGGAGUUGAAGUUGUUGCUAUUGGGGACGGGUGAGAGUGGGAAGAGCACCUUCAUCAAGCAGAUGAGGAUCAUCCAUGGAGCGGGUUUCUCCGAAGCGGACAAGCGAGGUUUCACAAAGCUGGUUUACCAGAACAUUCUCACUGCUGUUCAGAACAUGAUCCAGGCUAUGGAGACCCUACGGAUUGAUUUUGCAGAUGCCCAAAACAUUGGCCUUGCAGACAGGCUGAACCAGGUGAAACCAGAUGGAUUGACCAACCUGGAGCAAUGGCAGGUGGAAACCAUCAGAAAUCUGUGGCGUGACCAGGGAAUGCAGAAGUGUUACGAACGCAGGCGGGAGUACCAGCUCUCAGACUCUACAAAAUAUUAUCUGACUGACCUGGACAGAAUAGCUGCCCCCUCAUACCUCCCCUCCCUGCAGGACAUCCUGAGGGUCAGGGUCCCCACAACCGGCAUCAUCGAGUAUCCCUUUGACCUCAAAAGUGUCAUUUUCAGGAUGGUGGAUGUAGGCGGUCAAAGGUCAGAAAGGAGGAAGUGGAUCCACUGUUUUGAGAGGGUCACCUCCAUCAUCUUCCUGGUAGCCCUCAACGAGUAUGACCAGGUCCUCUAUGAGAGCAAUAAAGUGAAUCGACUAGAGGAGAGCAACGCCCUAUUUAGGACUAUCAUCACCUACCCCUGGUUCCAGGAUUCCUCCAUCAUUCUCUUCCUUAAUAAAACAGACCUCUUAGAGGAGAAAAUAUUACAUUCAAACCUGGCUGAUUAUUUUCCACAAUUCUCAGGUCCCCGGAGAGAUGUGGAGUCUGCCAAGAAGUUCAUCCUACAAAUGUACAAAGAACAGCACAUUGGUCGUGACAAAUCCCUGUACAACCACUUCACCUGUGCUACAGACACAGAGAACAUCAGAGUGGUCUUUAAAGCUGUCCGGGACACAGUCUUUCAAGAAAACAUGGAUAGGUUUAACUUGGGUUAGGGGUUUGAGAUAGCAUGUGCAGACAUAACAUUAUUUAUUUUUCAGCAAUCAGAUAUAUGGCUUGUCUGGCAGAUUAUUAUUAUUUUAUUUUUUUAUGUUGAAUAUGUAUACAUGCAUUGGGGGAAAAGUGGAGGGGACCCUCCUUUUUAUUUUAUUUUAAAUUUUUUACAGGUUUGUUGCAGACCUUUUUUACAGGUUGUCAUGUUAUAAAGGAUAUGGCUAACCCUGAAUCAAAGUUCAGCAUUUAAGUGUGUUGCAGGAAGAGGAAGUAAACUGAAAACAUGCUUAUAUAGAUCCUAAGUUCAGAUCUUCAGUGAACAUUUUUAUUGUAAUUGUUGUAUGUUCCCUUUUGUACUUGUCACAUUAUAUAUUGUUUUAUUUUACUGUCUGCACAAACUCCUUGCUCUGUUCAAACCUACAGAUGUUUGUUCUUUCACCACAUUGUGUCUGGAUCUGAACACUUACCAGAGGACUCCCCGUUUGCUAAAAAUUACCUAACCAUCUGAUUGGUCCCAGAAAGUGAUUAUUUGGGCCCACAUUUGGAGAGUAACGGAUGUUCCCGUAAAAGGUGUUCCAUUGGAUAUAUUCCUGUUUGGUUUAUAAUGACUCUUAAUAUGAAAGCAAUCUAACAGUAAUUCAAAGUAAUCCGAAUACGAGUUUGAGUAAUCAAGAAGUUACGUUACUGAUUACAGAAGUGGAUAGGUAACUUGUAUGUGAUGGAUUACGUUUAAAAAGUAACUAACCACAUGUGGCAUGAGCCAGACCACAUGUGGUUAGUUCGAUUUAGAAAAUGGUUUGAUAUUAUCCAAUGACUUUGUUUCAUACCCUUUUCAACACCCUUCUCAUUUUGACUUGAAUGCAAUGGAAGGGGUCUCUGGCUGAAACAUGUACCAGGAUUUUGCCCAUUUUGUAUCAGAUUUAAUAUAUUUAAUAUACAGCAAUGAAUAAAUAAAGUGUUUAAUA